UCGUGUUACCAGCAUUUCCUGUGUCUCAUAUCUGGAACGAACGAACUCUCCAAUGGAGCAAAGUAAUGCGAGAUGGGAGUGGUUCCGUUAUGAGGUCACGGCGAGGGACUGAGCUGAACGCUCGGCAGCGAGCGCGAGCGCUAGACAUGAGACGGACGCGGUAGCUGGAAACGUUUAUUCGCACGGCUGAAUGAAUCUCUGCUGGCAGCAACAGAAAAGAAUCAAAUAGCAGGACCGCGUUCGCUUCGACGGGGAACUGCUGAAAAACAUCGCGCGUUGGCGUUAGAGACGCAGGACAGGCUCGCGCACGAAAGACUCUCAAGGAAGAGGCGCGUGAGGAAAGUUUUCCUACGCGAAAACAAACUGGACGGAACAGCGCAGAAAUCGUGACGCACGAGCCAUGCACUGGUUGUACAGCGUGGGAUAGUUCUUCUGGUGCCGUUCGCUUGAAGGGGAUGCCUUUUCGGUGGCUUUCUUCAACAAAAGUUUGACGCCAGGAACGCCGUAUCGUUCUGUUCGACAAGAAAACGCUUCUUUCCGAACGGAACAUUUCUCGCUCGUCAAGAGUCGUUAUUCGUUGCUUUGGCCGGAGGAUCCGUUCCGCCGUCGUGUAGUUUUUUUGGGGGACAGGGGUGGGUUGGAUAUCUAUAUUUUUCACUUUUCCUUCACGGCCUCCUCCAGGAUGUAUCUUCUUAUGAAAUGCAUGCUGAUUUUCCAACUUGUGGUGUUGAUCGCGAAGAACGGUCGGGCGCUCAUUUGUUUGCCCUGUGAUAAAUCCAAAUGCGAGGAGCCCAAGCACUGCACGGGCUCCGUGGUGUUGGGGAUCUGCGGCUGCUGCUCGGUUUGUGCCAAGCAGAAGAACGAGAGCUGCGGAGGCGUUUACGGUCUGUACGGGACCUGCGACCGCGGACUCCGGUGCGUGAUCAGACCCCCGUUAAACGGCGGUUCCAUCACGCAGUACGAGGUUGGAGUUUGUGAAGAUGAAAACUGGGAUGACGACCAGCUCUUGGGCUUUGAGCCAUGCAAUGAAAACCUGGUUACGGGCUGUAACAUCAUUGAUGGGAAGUGUGAAUGUGACAGUGUACGAACAUGCAACAACCCAUUUGAGUUUGGUAGCCAGGAAGCCUGUCAGACAGCCCUGCAGAAGAUUGAAGAGGAAAGGCCAGACUGUUCCAAGGCGAGAUGUGAGGUGCAGUUUUCUCCACGCUGCCCAGAAGACUCUAUAUUGAUCGAGGGCUAUGCUCCACCAGGUGAAUGUUGCCCCCUGCCCAGCCGCUGCGUGUGUAGCCCAGCUGGGUGUCUGAGGAAAGUUUGCCAGCCCGGGCACCUCAACAUCCUGGUUUCCAAGAGCUCAGGCAAACCUGGCGAGUGUUGUGACCUCUACGAAUGCAAACCAGUGUUCAGUGUAGACUGCAGCACAGUAGAGUGUCCACCGGUGAAGCCUGUCCAGUGUCCGGCAGACAGCUAUGAGACUCAGGUCAGACUGACAGCAGAUGGCUGCUGCACCCUUCCUACCAGAUGCGAGUGUUUGCCUGGCCUCUGCACCUUCCCACAGUGCUCAGCGGGGACUUCCCCACAGGUCGUGUCCCGUGGCGAUGGAACACCUGGGAGGUGCUGCGAUGUGUUCGAGUGUGUCAACGAGACAAAGCCGGCCUGCACUUUCAACGGAGUGGAGUACCAUGACGGGGACAUGUUCAGGAUGGACGCCUGCCGCUUCUGCCGUUGUCAGGGUGGGGUGUCCGUGUGCUUCACCGCCCAGUGCGGCGUCCUCCACUGCGAGCGCUACUACGUCCCUGACGGAGAGUGUUGUCCUGUCUGCGAAGACCCCAUCUACCCAGUGCUCAAUUUAGCCGGCUGCUAUGUGAAUGGGCAGAUCCUGGCUCACGGAGACCACUGGCGUGAGGACGACUGUACCUUCUGCCAGUGUGUGAGUGGAGAGGCCCGCUGUGUAGCAGCUGCCUGCGGCCACAGCUGUCUCAAUCCUGUCACUGUGCCCGGAGAGUGCUGUCCUGUGUGUGAGGAGCCCACCUACAUCACAAUGGCGCCCCCUGCCUGCGGCUCUCUGGACAACUGCACGCUGGGAGACGAGAGCUGCCCGUUCGGCUUCCGGCUGGACUCCAGCGGCUGCAGGACGUGCAGCUGCAAGACACGAGACGAGCUGUGCAGUAGUCUAAUUGCCAGCUGCACUCUGAAAUGCCCUUUUGGCUUCCAGACUGACAUUCACGGCUGUGAGGUUUGCCAGUGUCGCCCACGUCACAAGAAGUGCAAAGCUGUGGCCUGUGCCAAGGACUGCCCCUUUGGCUACAUUAAGAACAAGCACGGCUGUGACACCUGCCGUUGUAAGAAAUGCCCUGAACUGCCAUGUGACAAGUCCUGUCCAAUGGGUUUCCAGCACGAUGAGUUGGGCUGUCUGAUUUGCCAGUGUAGAGAUCAGAGCCCGUCAUCUGUGGCUCCAGCAGUGAAACUGGGCUCCUGCUUGUCUAUGGAUGGCCGCAGGCACGAGAAUGGUCAGAGCUGGCAUGACGGAUGCAGGGACUGUUACUGCCAUGCUGGGAGAGAAAUGUGUGCCCUUAUUUCUUGCCCAGUUCCCCCCUGUGAUAACCCCACCAUCCGACCUGGCCACUGCUGCCCCACCUGUCCAGAAGAGUCCAGUUCCCAUAAGCCGGAGCUGAGCGAGGCGUCCGUGUGUUUGGCUCCGGGAGGAGAGUACUUUGUGGAGGGAGAGACGUGGAACAUUGACUCCUGCACUCAGUGCACCUGCCACAGCGGCCGUGUGCUCUGUGAGACAGAGGUGUGCCCGCCCCUGCUCUGCCACAGUCCAAUCAGAACGCAGGAUUCCUGCUGCCCUCGCUGUCCAGAUGAUCCAGUCACCCCUCAGACGCCCAGUAACGACAGCAUGCCCAGCUACUGCAGGAAUGAGGAUGGUGAUAUCUUCUUGGCCGCUGAGUCCUGGAAGCCCAAUGUCUGCUCCAGCUGCGUGUGUCUAGACGGAUCCAUCAGCUGCUUCUCUGAGUCCUGCCCGCCUGUCAACUGCGCCCGGCCCGUGCUCAGGAAGGGCCAGUGUUGCCCAUACUGUCUAGAUGCCACGCCGAGGGCCGUGUGUCAUUUCAACGGGAAGACGUACAUGGACGAGGAGCGAUGGGACAUUGACAGCUGCACUCACUGCUACUGCCUGCAAGGCCAGACCCUCUGCUCGACUGUCAGUUGUCCUGUCCUACCCUGCCAUCAGCCGGUCACCGUGGAGGGCAGCUGCUGCCCCAUGUGUCCAGAGAGUUACGCUCCCACAAAUGUGCCCAUCGAGAAGACGGACCAACGAGGAGACAAGCAAAGACAUCAACCAGCCUGGCCAACUCAUAGCGAAAACGAUAUUAUGCCACAGUUCAGAGGUGACUUCGGAAGUCUGCAGAUGCCGUACCUAGAUGGCAAGACACCGUUGCCCAGUGAUGAUGCUGGUCUGCACUGGGCCUGGGUUGCACUGCCCAUCCUAAUGAUGAUGCUCACUAUCGCCGCCCUGCUGUUGGUCAAUCAGCGUAAGCAGUGGAUCCCUGUGCCUUGCUACCGCACUCCCAAUAAGCCCACGUGUCUCAACAACCAGCUGGUGUAUGUGGACUGCCAGAAGGGGACAAAGGUCCAGGUGGACAGUUCCCAACGCAUGCUCCGCAUUGCAGAUCCUGACUCGAGAUACAGCGGUUACUACAGCAUGCAGAAACACAACAACCUGCAAGCUGACAACUUCUACCAGACCGCGUGAGACACAGGAGAGAGAGAGAGAGUGAGUGAACGAGAAAGAGAGAGACUGAGCCCGUGUUCAGCUGCCAAACCUUUGCGGCACAUGGACACCUACUAAAAAAACUGUAGAGACGGACAAAACCACCAAACCAAGUGGUCAGAGAAGAGACCCUGAUACCGAAUAACAAUUCUAAUAUUCACAUAAGUCACUCCAAGCAAAUCGAAAAAAUAUAUCACACGUCGACACCUGAAAGUCUCACCAUGAGAUGGAAGCAGCACCUAUGUAACUGAACCAUUACGGAGUGUGAUUGUUAAAUUGGAGAGGACUCUUCCAGAAUAUUUUUGUGAAUCAGAGGUAUGGUAGGUUGAGCAUCUUUUGUGUGUAAGCGUGAGAUUUCGUGGAUGUUCAGGCACAAGUUGAAGGUAGUCGUGAAGUCAAAUGAACGUUUUUGGGAUUAGGACAACUGGGGUGUUUUUUUUUUUUGUUCGUUUGUUUGUUUGUUUUCAACAAUAUUUUUUUCCUGCAUUCCUAACUUUUUCUGUUGGAAAAGAGAGAAAUUAUUUUAGGAGUGAUAACUUUUUGACACAAGUGCUUGUGUGAACACUUAACGCUGAACCAAAGCUUCUCUGUCUACGAAACCUGAUAUGCCCAGAUCGGGCGAGAGGCCGAGGAGGGACGUUCACUUCCUCCCGAGACAGAGGAGGCGCUGGACUGUGUGCGGAGCACAGCAGAGAGAUGGGUAGAGGGAAAAAAAAUCAGAAGAAAGAAAAUCUGUUGUUGCAACAGAUGCAUUUUUGUAGAAGAUGCUACUGUAAGAUUGUGAUUUCCCCGGUGUUGUGGGUGAGUUUGGCCAUUUUUUUUUCUCUUUUAAAGACAAAAGGAGGAAAGCGGAGUCAACCGCUCUGUGGACAUGAGUUCUUCCUGUUAAUGGAUGUGUGGGGUCUCUAUGUUGUAUUUCUGCUUAUAUGUACGAGCGUUUUCACAUUUAAUCAUACAAACACCAUUUGCUCUUUCUCUCACAACUGAGGGCAGAUUGACACUCCUAGCAAAUAUAUAUUUUCCUGAAACGAAUCCGAGGAUUGCGAAGCGAGAUGCAGGAACAUAGCGAUAGUGGUUUGGAUUUGAGGCUAUGCUUUACAAGUGCUGCUUUUUUUGCUUUGAUUCUUUAAACCUCAUUUUGUAGGGAUGAAAACCAGCGGUGAGGAUUGUUUGCGUCUUUAAGAAACAUUUACCAAGAAAACAGAAUCAAAAGACCUUGUUCCUGAAAAGCGAGCAGAAUGGGUUUUUGUGUAAAUCACUUGUAAAAAAGUUUAGGGAUGUUUGUGAGAAUUUCUUAAUAGGGGUGUAAUGGUACACGUGCCAAACAUAUAAUUCUUUUGGUUCGGUGCGUGUGUGUGGAACGCAUUUAAGGUCUAUCGAUAUAUUUUCAAAGGAGAUAUAGGAGAUGUAGGACGAUUCCAUUUGUAUCGAUGUACUUUGAUGUUGCGAACGCAUUCGAAAAUUAAACGCAGAACACAGAUUGAGCUUAUGUGGGGAAAAAAUGAGACCUGCUUUAUAUUAAGCUUUUCAAACCACGCCAGUUUACCUGCUUUCAAAUGAAUGCACUUGAGACAUGUUUUCAUCGACACAUGCAGGAAAGCUCAUUCUAACAGCAAGUGAGUAUAUCCAUCAGACGUCGCUAAUAAACUAGCGGUGCACAUAUUCGUCAAAUUGACAUUCAUUUUAAAUCUGCGCAUUAAUUUUGACUAAUAAAUGUAAAAGCCUGUUGUGGCAGUAACAAUUUUUAUUCGAAGAAAAAUACGACCACGUACUAAGUGUCUCUUGGAGGUUAUACAGUACGUUGAAGAACGAUCACACGACUGACCUGUAAAUGCGAAAAACCCCUUUCCAUUGCAGUUUUGCAAAUUAUUCCUUUUUUCGGAUCGCCUGAAAAACCAACUCAUGCGAGCGUCUAAACGUUUUUGCGAUAUUUGGGAGUUUUUGCGUAAUCGACGCAUUUUCGUUCAGUUUUGCGCAAUUUGAAGGGUAAUGGAAACAUUUUAUUUUCGCCCGCUGUACCUGUAAAGUUUUUUUUUGUGUAUCGUUAUACCCCUACUUCUAACAUUUAAUUGUGUGUAAAAUAAAGCAAUGACGCCCCAAGAUGCCGUGGUUUACGGUGAAUUUAGAACAGCGUAUAACAGGAGCAUUGUUAGCUUUUACAACCUCACUGUAAAUCGCAGUUUCACUGGGUUUAUUGCUGUUACAGUUAUUCCAUAUACAUAGCAAGGUUUCACUAAAUAAAGCAAAAAAUAUUUAUGAUAUUAAUAAAAAUAAUAUCCCGCCAAACAAUGCAGUUCCUCAGAAACAGUUGUGGUUGCAACCAAAGUAGCUGAUGCAUAAACAAAGAGGUCUUUGUUCGUAGAGUAAUUUGCAACAGCUUCAAAUGCAGUUCAACCAAUCAGAAUCAAGCACCGCAACUAUUCGUUUUUUGAUCAGAAGAAGGACAAAUUAAUGCCUAAAACAAAAUACAAAACUGAUGGCAAUUUACCUAUCAAUCCUAUAAAUGGUUUCUAUUUAAGUUAUCAAAAAUCUACAAAUGUCUUUGCUAACAAUUUACGCCAAUCUGAAAAUUACAUUCGGUCUUCCAAAUGAUCGCAAAUAGUCCUACGAAGAAUUGGCACGAAAAGUAAUCGUCUCCAGUUUAUCAUUCUCAAGCGAUUUACACAGAAAUUGUGCUGGCUCUCUGCGAAUUAGGUCUAAAAAAAAACGAUCAAAUUAUUUUUGGUAGGGGAUCUGAAACAAACCUUUACCGUUUUUGGGUUAAGUGUUUUCCGUUUUCUUUAUUUGUACCGUUCAAGAAACUGCCUCCUUUUCUGGAAGCUUUGAAACAUUACUGAGGCACCUUCGCGUUCUGGUUUUCUAGCUAAGAACAAAUUUGGCUUCAAAAAUCCAAAGCUAUUAUAGGAACAUUUAUGUACAUAUUAUUGCUAAAAUGAAAAGACCUGAAAUAUUAUGUGAGUAUAUAUGUAUGUGUGUAUGUAUAUGUGUCGGCAUGUACGCACACAUGACUUCUCUUCAUCGGUAAGGUUCCUAGUUCAUUUUCCUAAUGAAUGUAUUUAUGAUUGAGCAAAAUAAGAGAUUUAUAUGGCAAGCUGAUGAUGACAGGCAUUCCAUUGCCUUUCUUGUUUGGUGGUGAUUAAAAAAAGCACAGACGUUGAUGAUACGGAAAGAAA